GGUCUUUUUCAUCACAGACUUUGACAAAUUCAGAUGUACGGAAGAAACGUGUAGAGCUGUUUGAGAAGGAGCAGCAGCGGCAGCUGAAUUUAGUGACCAGGGUUGAGAAAAUCCAGGUUAAGCAUGUUGGUGUACCAGAAAAUUGUACACUUAUCAUGAACAAACACUUGUCGACACCAUACAACUGUGCCAUGCAUAUCCAGGAGUUGCUGACAACAAGGUCAGCACUGGCGCUUGUCAAUGGCCAGCCCUGGGACAUGCAUCGACCGUUGGUUGAAGACUGUGAGCUCAAGUUCCUGCACUUCGAGGAUGAGGAUCCCAGGAUACUUAAUAAUGCAUUCUGGAAAACAUGUUCUUUCAUACUGGGCCACGUCCUAGAGACUGCCUUCCAGGACAAGUAUUAUGUUGAGCUGUGCAGUUUCCCUCCUCCAAAUGUUUCCAGUGGUAGCUUUGUCUAUGAUGCUGAUCUCAAAGUUGGGGAUUGGACAUUCUCUCAGACGGAGCUCAACUGCCUAAGUAGAAUUGGACUUCGGCUCAGCUACGAAAACCUCAAGUUUCAGAGACUCGAGAUCCCAGUCUCCCUGGCACAGGAAAUGUUCUCUGACAACAGGUUCAAGAGCCAGCAGAUCCCAUCUAUUGCUGAAAAGUCCAGAUCGGGGUCAUCUGUUACUGUCUACAGAUUAGGCGAUCAUGUGGAUAUGAGUUCUGGUCCAAUGAUUUCAUCCAGCUCCCAGAUUGGCAGAUUCUCUGUGUGUGCCAUACACAAAAUUGAGAGUGAUAGCUUUGGCAAGUUGCAUCGAGUUCAGGGGCUUGCAUUACCUACACAACUUUUGCUGCACUCUUGGACCUAUGACACCAUUCUGAGACCACGGGCAGCAAAGUUGAAUCAUGGACCAAUGCCACAGCUGAAAGCCCCCAGACCAACAGAGCAGCAGCUGAUACAGUAG